UCUGUCUCUCUCAAGAACACGCAGACUAUGGCUGCAGCUUAUUCAUCUUCUUCAAAGCUGCUAUAUACAAUGUUGAUUGCAAUAACUCUGAGCACAAUGGAUUCCAACAAGAUUGGUACUACUGGUGUACUAGGAAGACCUUUGUCGAAUGUUCAGAUCGCGACGCCCAUAUCCUUAGCUGCUCGUUUGCAAUCAGAUGGGUCAUAUUCUGAAUGUUGGGACUCAUUAAUGGAGCUUCAAGCAUGUACUGGUGAGGUUAUCCUAUUCUUCCUCAAUGGUGAAACGCAUUUAGGUCGGAAUUGCUGUCAAGCAAUUCAUAUAAUCCAGCACAGCUGUUGGCCUGCUAUGCUUGGGUCACUGGGGUUCACUGAAGCGGAAGGUAAUAUACUUCGAGGAUAUUGCGAUGCCACUGCCGAUGUUGUACCAGCCCCACCAUCACCUCCUUCUAUGGUUCCUCUCGUGAAGAACGAUUUGAAACCCUGAUUAAUCA